ACUCUCACACACACGGCAGAGUGUCAGGCAAGGCUAAGGGCUAUGCUGCUCUGGUAGAGUGCUCGUCAUCUUACCUCAGAUCCACUGAGGAGUACGCAUUCACGCAUUCUGAAGACAGAAGUGAGCGAAAAAGAGAGUGAGAGAGUCAGACAGAAAGAGAGAGAGAGAGAAAGAAGGAGAGAGAAGACGUCAACAACAACAGCUACAUGAAGAAACCAAAACAAAGCCACAAGUCACUGUGUCAGAGUGGAGCAGAGCUAAGAGUUGGACUGAAGGAGUGAAGAGGAGCCAGGAAGAGCUGAUUGGAAAACAAAACAGAAAGAGAAUCAUUCCAAAGCUGUGGACACACAGUCCUACUGUAAAAGUCUCCUUUGGACGUGUGCUUGGAUGUCCCCCCUAUCCAUGGUGUCCCAGCGGAAUAGGUGAGUGAGUGCUGUUGUCCAGGGGCCUUUCAAUGAACAUGUCUCAGGAUGAUGCGGGGAGCCUGGCAGAGAUGGCCGAGGAGGGCAAUGGAGGAGGAGAGCCUCAGAAGAUCGGGGAGCACAACCGCAACGACAGUCAGGACAGCAUCGUCCUCCAACAGAUGGCCACCCUCUCCAUGGACAUGUUCACUCCCAGCGACUUUAAGGGCAAGUUCCGGAAGAUCCAGCCCAGAAAGAGACCCACCAUCGCCAUCAUCAGAGAAGCGUCUCCAGUUGGCAAGCCCCCCCUGCCCCCAGUGAGCAGUGCUCCCGGAGAGCGCAAGGGUCCAGUCGCCACCAUGCCCGUCACCGUGGACCCCGAGAGCAAGCCGGGCGAGUUCGUCCUCAAGAGCCUUUUCGCCAACUUCACCACACAGGCCGAGCGCAAGAUACGCAUCAUCAUGGCCGAGCCUCUGGAAAAACCCUUGACCAAAUCCCUACAGAGAGGAGAGGACCCACAGUUUGAUCAGCUGAUCACCAGUAUGAGUUCGUUGGCGGAGUACUGUCUGCCCUCGAUCCUGCGCACGCUCUUCGACUGGUACAAGAGACAGAAUGGCCUGGAGGACGAGUCCCACGAGUACCGGCCCCGGGCCAACACCAAGUCCAAAAGUGAUGAACAACAGAAGGAUUAUUUAAUGGAAAGGAGAGACCUUGCCAUUGACUUCAUAUUCUCCCUGGUCCUCAUUGAGGUCUUAAAACAGAUUCCACUCCACCCUCUUUUGGAUGGCCUGAUUCAGGAGGUCAUCAAUCUGGCAUUUAGGCAUUUUAAAUACAAAGAAGGGUACUUGGGGCCUAACACAGGCAACAUGCACAUUGUAGCUGACUUGUAUGCAGAAGUAGUUGGAGUUGUAGCCCAGUCUAGGUUCCCUGCGGUGCGGAAGAAGUUCAUUGCCGAACUGAAGGAGCUGCGGCAGAAAGAGCAGAGCCCCUACGUGCUCCAGAGCACCAUCAGCCUCAUCAUGGGCGUCAAGUUCUUUCGCAUCAAGAUGUACCCUGUGGAGGACUUUGAGGCCUCCUUCCAGUUCAUGCAGGAAUGCGCUCAGUACUUCCUGGAGGUGAAGGACAAAGAUGUGAAGCACUCUUUGGCUGGCCUCUUUGUGGAGAUAUUAGUUCCUGUCGCUGCAACUGUGAAAAAUGAGGUGAACGUGCCCUGUCUAAGGAACUUUGUGGACAGUCUGUACGACAACACACUUGACUUGUCCUCAAGGAAGAAGCACUCACUGGCUCUCUACCCACUGGUCACCUGUCUCCUAUGUGUGAGCCAGAAACAGAUCUUCCUCAACAGGUGGCACGUGUUCCUCAAUAACUGCCUGUCCAAUCUUAAGAAUAAGGACCCUAAAAUGGCCCGGGUGGCUUUGGAGUCCCUGUAUCGCCUGCUCUGGGUCUACAUGAUCCGAAUCAAGUGUGAAAGCAACACUGCAACACAGAGCCGUUUGACUUCCAUCAUUUCCACACUGUUCCCAAAGGGCUCACGCAGUGUAGUCCCUCGAGACAUGCCGCUCAACAUCUUUGUCAAAAUCAUCCAGUUCAUUGCACAGGAAAGGCUGGAUUUUGCCAUGAAAGAGAUUAUCUGUGAUCUGCUGAGUGUGGGGAAAUCAGCGAAGGCCUUCAGUCUUAAUCCAGAGAGGAUGAACAUUGCUCUCAGGGCGUUCUUGGUUAUAGCUGACAACCUGCAGCAGAAGGACGGGGAGCCGCCCAUGCCCAACACUGGAGCCACACUGCCCUCGGGCAACACCCUGAAGAAGAAGAAGACCUACCUGAGCAAGACCCUGACAGAGGAGCAGGCCAAGCUCAUCGGUAUGGCGCUGUACUACUCCCAGGUGCGGAAGGCCAUUGAUAACAUCCUGAGGCACCUGGAUAAGGAGGUGGGCCGCUGCAUGAUGCUGACCAAUGUCCAGAUGCUCAACAAGGAGCCCGAGGACAUGAUCACGGGUGAGCGGAAGCCCAAGAUAGACCUGUUCAGGACGUGUGUGGCAGCCAUCCCCCGCAUCCUCCCAGACGGCAUGUCCAAGCCUGAGCUCAUAGACCUGCUGGCAAGGCUGACGGUGCACAUGGACGACGAGCUGCGUCUGAUCGCCCAGAACUCGCUGCAGAGCCUGCUGCUGGACUUUGCGGACUGGCGCGAGGACGUACUCUUCGGCUACACCAACUUCCUGCUGCGCGAGCUGCAGGACACGCAGCAGGGCCUGCAGGACUCCUCCGUCAAGCUGCUGCUGCAGCUGCUCGCCCAGUGGCGGCUGGCGCUGCAGGCGCCAAACAAGAGCCGCUCCGCCGAGGUGAGGCUGCCCGCCGGGCACCGCCGAGGUCAGGGAAGCCAUAGCUCGCUGUCCCAUGGCAGUACGGGUAGCCGAGAGAGCAGUACUGGCGGGCGAUCGGCGGCCGAGCGGAGCCCCCACUGCGGCGUGCUGCAUGCGGUGGAGGGCCUGGCCCUGCUGCUGCUCUGCUCCUGCCAGACCAGCACGCGCAAGCUGGCCGUGGCCGUGCUCCGCGAGAUACGCUGCCUCUUCAGCGCCCUGGGCCAGGCAGACGAUGAUGACAAGCCCAUGAUCGAGGUGAUGGAUCAGCUGAGCUCCACUGUGCUGGACAGCUUUGUCCAUGUGGCUCAUUCAGACUCGUCCACGCUGCCGCUUAGCCAUCACGUGGACCUGCAGUGGCUAGUGGAGUGGAACGCUCGGCUGGUCAACAGCCACUACGAUGUCAAGAGCCCCUCACACGUGUGGAUCUUUGCCCAGUCGGUCAAGGACCCGUGGGUGCUGUGCCUGUACAGCUUCCUGCGACCCGACCACCUGCCCAAGCACUGCCCCACGGCGCUCAGCUAUGCCUGGCCAUACGCCUUCACCAGGCUCCAGCUCCUCAUGCCACUCGUCGACCCCAACAGUCCGGUUUAUGCCAAGAAGACGAGCACCCCGGGGCCGGCCGACGGCUACGUGACGCUGUGGAGGAACUAUCUGAUCCUGUGUCUGGGAGUGGCCAAGCCCAGCAUCAUGAGCCCUGGUCACCUGCGCGCCUCCACCCCUGAGAUAAUGGCCACCACACCCGACGGGAGCAUCACCUACGACAACAAGGUGAUUGGCACUCCGUCAGUGGCCUGGCUCCUGAAGCAGCUGGUUCCUCUGAUGAGGGCAGAGAGCAUUGAGAUCACUGAGUCUCUAGUGCUGGGCUUCGGACGCACAAACUCCCUUGUCUUCAGAGAGCUGGUGGAGGAGCUCCAUCCACUGAUGAAGGAGGCUCUGGAGAGAAGGCCUGAGAACAAGAAGCGUCGUGAGCGCAGGGAUCUUCUGCGGCUGCAGCUGUUGCGCAUCUUUGAGCUGCUGGCUGACUCUGGUGUGAUCAGUGACAGUACCAACGGGGCUCUGGAGCGGGACUCGCUGGCUCUGGGCGCCCUCUUCCUGGAGUAUGUGGACCUGACCCGCAUGCUGCUGGAGGCCGAGAACGACAAAGAGCUGGAGAUCCUCAAGGACAUCCGGGCCCACUUCAGCGGUAUGGUGGCCAACCUCAUCCAGUGUGUCCCAGUCCAUCACAGGCGCUUCCUCUUCCCCCAGCAGAGUCUGAGGCAUCACCUCUUCAUCCUCUUCAGCCAGUGGGCAGGGCCUUUCAGUGUCAUGUUCACCCCGCUGGACCGCUAUAGUGAUCGCAACCACCAGAUCACCAGAUACCAGUACUGUGCCCUCAAGGCCAUGUCUGCGGUGCUGUGCUGUGGUCCGGUGUUUGACAACGUGGGCCUCUCGUCUGACGGCUACCUCUAUAAGUGGCUUGACAACAUCCUGGGCUGCCAUGACCUCCGAGUGCACCGUCUGGGCUGUGAGGUGGUGUUCCUGCUCCUAGAGCUCAACCCUGACCAGGUGAACCUGUUCAACUGGGCCGUGGACCGCUGCUUCACGGGCUCCUACCAACUGGCCUCCGGCUGCUUCAAGGCCAUAGCCACGGUCUGUGGCAGCAGAAAUUACCCCUGUGACAUUGUUACCCUGCUGAACCUGGUGCUUUUCAAGGCGUCGGACACCAGCAGGGAGAUUUAUGAGAUCUCCAUGCAGCUGAUGCAGGUUCUCGAGGCCAAGCUGUCGGUUUACUCUAAGAAGAUCACGGGUCAGAAGUCGGGGAAUAUCCUGUACGGUACCCACGGUCCCCUUCCCCCACUCUACAGCGUCUCACUGUCCCAGCUCUCCAGUCAGCUGGCCAGCAUGUACCCCGAGCUCACACUCCCCCUCUUCUCUGAGGUCAGCCAGCGCUUCCCUACCACGCACCCCAAUGGCAGGCAGAUCAUGUUGACCUACCUGCUGCCGUGGCUCAACAACAUCGAGCUGGUGGACACGGGUCUACCCCCCGCAUCCAGCCCGUGCACCCCGGAGGAGGAGGCCCGUGGACGGGCUGGCGGACUGGGCAUCAGCCACCGCCUCAAGGGCAAUGGCUGGGGCUCUUUACAGGCCACUUCCCUGGUGCUCAACAACCUCAUGUACAUGACUGCCAAGUACGGGGAUGAGGUUCCUGGGCCGGAGAUGGAGAAUGCAUGGAACGCCCUAGUCACCAAUGACAACUGGAGCAACAACCUGAGAACCACCCUGCAGUUUCUCAUCAGCCUCUGUGGAGUUAGCAGUGAUACCACCCUACUGCCAUAUAUUAAGAAGGUGGUGAUCUACCUGUGUCGGAACAACACCAUCCAGACCAUGGAGGAGCUGCUGUUUGAGUUGCAGCAGACGGACCCGGUCAACCCCGUGGUCCUGCACUGCGACAAUGCCCCCUUCUACCGCUUCGCUGCUAGCAACAAGACCUCCGUGGUCGCUUCAGGCACCACUUCAAGCAGUAACACCGUGGUGCCGGAUCAGCAGAACUUCCCGGACACAGACGAGGCCAAGAUCGCCCGGGAGAACGAGGAGAGGUUGAGCAAUGUGGCGAGGGCCCAUAACAGGCUGGAGUCCCGCUAUAGUAACAGCUCUGGUGGCUCCUAUGAUGAAGAGAAGAAUGACCCGCUCCCUCCCUACGCCAGCUGGCUGAUCAGCGUGCUGGAGAGCAACCGGCCGCAGCCACUGCCCAUGCCGGUCAACGGGGGCUGCUGGGCCCCGCUGGUGGACUACCUGCCGGAGACCAUCACCCCACGAGGGCCCCUGCACAGGUGCAACAUUGCUGUAAUAUUCAUGACAGAGAUGGUGGUGGAUCACAGUGUGAGGGAAGACUGGGCCCUACAUUUGCCCCUCCUGCUUCAUGCACUAUUUCUGGGUCUAGAUCACUAUCGGCCCGAGGUGUUUGAGCAUAGCAAGCGUCUGCUGCUGCACCUCCUCAUCGCCCUGUCCUGCAACAACAACUUCCAAGUCAUCGCUUCGGUCCUGCUGCUGACCCGUGAGAUCAGCGACAACAAGACUCUCACUGUCAAGUCCAGCUACCAGCCUGAGUACCACUACACCGGGGGCUUUGACUUCCUGCGGGAGAGCCCGUCUCCUGUGGCAGACUCGGGCCUGAGCUCGUCCUCCACCUCGUCCAGCGUGAGCCUGGGGGGCAGCGUGGGUAACCUGCCGCAGAUCAGCGCUGACCUGGAGGAACUUGAAGACUCCUCAAGCGAGUCCGACGACAAGACCAACAAGCUCAUCGAGUUCCUCACCACCAGUGCCUGGAGUACUGUCCUGUCGUUGCUCAGGGCGUUCGGACCGCUGUGGUGCCACGAGGACAUCACACCCAAGAACCCCAACUCCAAAAGCGCCGAGCAGCUGUCCAACUUCCUGCGCCACGUCAUGUCCAUCUUCAAAGAGUCCAAGUCAGACUUCCAUCUGGAGCAGCAGCUGAGUGACGUGGCCCUGCAGACGGCGCUGUGCAGCUCAUCGCGCCACUACGCCGGACGCUCCUUCCAGAUCUUCAGGGCCCUGCGUCAGCCGCUCUCUCACCACGCCGUCUCCGACAUCCUCUCACGCCUUGUCGAGGUGGUGGGCGAGCACGGGGACGAGGUGCAGGGCUAUGUGAUGGAGGUGCUGCUUACACUGGAGUCAGUGGUGGAUAACCUGGCCGAGUGUCUGAAGAACAGUGAUCUGAUGGCAGCUCUAACCAGAGCCUCGUCUCCUGACUUCUUGGUGAGCGGGAAGCUGAACUCCAACAGGAAGAGCACGGGUCAGCUCAACCUGCCGCACGGCGCCACCGACGCCAGCACGGCCGAGCGCAGUCGCCACCAGCGCAGCUACUCCGUGCCCAAGAAGUUCGGCGGUGAGAACGGCAGCGGGCAGCCUCCCGGCGCCCGCUCCCCGUCGGAAAAUCCGCCACGCUCGGCCACCCUUGACCGCAUCCAGGCGUGCACCCAGCCCGGCGUGGGCCAGCGCGGCUCGCCCCGCAGCGGCUGCGGCUCCUCGUCCUCGUCUACCUGCGGCGUCCUGGACCCCGGCCACGCCGGGCACCCGGCCUCCCUCCUCGCCACCGUCUUCUGGGUGGCCGUCUCGCUCAUGGAGUCGGACUUCGAGUUCGAGUACCAGAUGGCGCUGCGGCUGGUGCACAAGCUGCUGGCACGCGUGCCCCUGGACCGGCCCGAGCACCGCGAGCGCCUGGAGAAGCUGCAGGCGCAGCUCCGCUGGAGCGGCUUCGCCGGCCUGCAGCAGCUGCUGCUCAAGGGCUUCACCUCGCCGGCCACCUGCGACCUCACGCUGCAGCUCUUCUGCCAGCUCACGCCCGUCUCCCGCGUCACCGUCGUGGACACCUCGCAGGCCAUAGGUUUCCCUCUGAACGUGCUCUGUCUGCUCCCCCACCUGGUUCAGCACUUUGACAGCCCAACCCAGUUCUGCAAGGAGAGCGCGGAGAGGAUCGCGCAGGUGUGUCUGGAGGAGAAGGAGAAGAACACUAAGCUCUCUCACCUGGCUCACGUGAUGACGCUCUAUAAGACGCGCUCGUACACGCGAGACCCGUUCUCCUGGGUUAGCGUGGUGUGCCGCUACCUGUACGAGGCCUUCGCUGACAUCACCCUCAACAUGGUCACCUACAUGGCCGAGUUGCUGGAUAAGGGACUUCCCAGCAUGCAACAGCCACUGCUGCAGAUCAUCUACAGUCUGCUAAGCCACAUGGAUUUGGCCUUGAUACAGGUCAAGCCUUUCAAUGUCGAGGUCCUCAAGACCAUCGAAAAGUUUGUUCAGACGGUACACUGGAAGGAGGCUCUGAACAUCCUAAAGCUGGUGGUGUCUCGCUCGGCCAGCCUAGUCCUGCCAUCGUACGGCCACAGUGACCUCUCCCAUCUGGAGGUCAGCCGUGUGUGGGACGGCUCCUCCAAAGCACUACCGGGGAAAAUCCUCGACUUCCACUUUGACAUUUCAGAGACGCCGGUGAUCGGCCGACGGUACGACGACCUGCAGGGUUCGGCGGGCCGCGACGGAAAGGCCAGGGCCAUCGCGGUUACCCGCAGCACCUCCUCCACCUCAUCGGGCUCCAACUCCAACAACGUGCUGGUGCCCGUCAGCUGGAAGAGGCCACAGUCCUCACAGAAACGGACCCGUGAGAAGCUGGUGAACGUCCUGUCAUUGUGUGGACAGGAGGUUGGUCUCUCCAAGAACCCGUCGGUGAUCUUCUCGUCCUGCGGGGACCUGGACCUGAUGGAGCAUCAGCCUAGUCAGGUGUCGUCCGAGGAUGGCACACGCGAGCAGGACACGCUGGACGACACUGCCUCCGAGCAGCAGUUCCGUGUCUUCCGCGACUUUGACUUCCUGGACGUGGAGCUCGAGGAUGGCGAGGAGUUACAGGGUGAAAGUGUGGACAAUUUUAACUGGGGCGUGCGGCGGCGCUCGCUGGACAGCGGUGACCUGCACGAGCUCCUGGAGGAGAGCCAGCACUCGGGCAGCACGCCCAGCCUGGGCCACGAGGAUGAGCAGCCGGACGACUCGGACGAGUCCUCCGAGGAAGAGGAGGAGUCCAACUCCACCAGCCAGAGUCUGUCCCACUCACAGCUGACUAUGAAUCUCUCUCCGUCAGAGGAGACCAAUCACACAGACUCGCUGUCCACCUCCUACGACACCACCUCUGCUGACCCAAACUCUCUGAAUGCCGCCACUCCCUGCCUGGGGACGUCCCUGCCAGAUGACACCGCCAUGCAGCCCUUUCCGCCCCCUUUGGAGGUGACAGCUGAGGAUGAGGACAUGCAGGAGGAUGACCUGUCCUUCUGCGUGAGCGAGCUGCCUCCGGGUUUCGACUGUGGCGAUGCUUUCACCUUGGACCUGGUCCGGCAGCAGGAUCGCUCCGAGCAGGACCUCAGCACCAGCUGCUUGCCAAGUUUUGGGGAUGGGCGAGAUGACCUGCAGGACCUGGACUUCCCCCCGCCACCCUCGCCCUUCUUCUCAGCCAUCCUGGCGGCGUUCCAGCCCACGGUGUGCGACGACGCCGAGGACGCCUGGCGCAGCCACGUGAGCCAGCUGGUGGCCGACUCGGACGGCUCCUGCGCCAUCUACACCUUCCACGUCUUCUCCUCCCUGUUCCAGAACAUCCAGAACAAGUUCUGCUCACUGACCAGUGAUGCUGCUGGUUACCUUGCUGACGGGCUGAGGGGCAUAGGGUCAAAGUUUGUACGGUCAUCUCAGAUGCUGACCUCAUGCUCUGACUGCCCUACAAUCUAUGUGGACGCGGAUACGAUUGUGUCUUACGGGCUGCUGGAGAAGAUCAAGUUCAGUGUGCUGGAGCUCCAGGAGUAUCUGGACACGUACAACAACAAGGAGGAGGCUGCCACCUCGUGGUUACAAAACUGUAAGGACACAUUUCCUAAGUGCUCUGACGAUGGGGUGAUCACCUGUCAGCCCGGAGACACGGAGGAGAAGCAAAUGGAAACUCUGGCUCAACUGGAACUGUGCCAACGGCUUUACAAGCUGCACUUUCAGCUCCUGCUCCUGUUUCAGUCCUACUGUAAACUGAUCGGGCAAGUGAGUGCCAUCAGCUCUGUGCCAGAGCUGCUGAACAUGUCCCGGGAGGUGAACGACCUGAAGAGCAGCCUGAGGGUGGCGGCGGCCGCCGUCUCCGGAGACCUGGUGUCCCACCACCGGCCCCCGCCCCAGGCCAGCUUCCCCACCACCGAGGCGGCCGUGCAGGCCGUUCUGGAGUGCCUGAAGAACAGCGAGUUCACCACCGCCAUCCGCUACAUACGCCAGUGCAGACGCACGUGGCCAAAUGACAUCUUCGGUGGCAAUGCAGAGGAUGAGGUGCAAACCCUCCUCAACAUCUACUUCCGGCACCAGACCCUGGGCCAGACGGGCACCUUUGCCCUGGUGGGCUCCAACCAGGACCUGUCUGAGAUCUGCGCCAAGCUGAUGGAGCUCAACGGCGAAAUCCGCGACAUGAUCCGCGUCGCCCAGGGCUACCGGGUGGUGGCAGCCUUCGCCCCGGACUCCAGCGCUUCCGGCGUUAGUCUCUGACAGGAGGGGUGCGGUGGCGCCCCCUCGCCCCCCCCUCCAUGGCCCGGCCCUCCUUGGCCUGGUCCUCCCCCUCUGCUGCUCCCGGCUCCCACGCACCUCCACCCUCCCUAACAUUGACCCCCUCGCUCCAUGCGCUCCCCCCGCACUUCCAUCCAUCUGUUGCCCUCCUCCCUGCCCCCUCCCUUCCCCCACCCUUCACCUCCACCUCCCUAUCCCUGCCCUGUGUGCCAGGUCAGGGCCCGCCGCUCGGGGCGUGGGGGAGCUGCUGCAGCUGCCCCUCCUCUGCGGGGUUCCCCCCUCCCAGACUGCUGCCCUACGUGGGGAAGCUGGGCCGCGCCGCCAUGACUCUGCUCAGACGGGAUGAGUGCCUGGAUGCCAAGGCGGCGUCUAACUCGGGGUGCCAAGCCGGUGGCAACAGCGGAGAGACUAAACCGUUACUGCUCGACAUUUCGGACUGAUGUUACUGAGUCACAUCCUCUAUUGCACUAAAUCGAGUUUUUCUUUCCUUGACUUUUUUUUUUUUUUUUUUUUGCUGUUGUCAUUGCUGUUUGCUGUUGUUGUUGUCGUCAUCAUCGACAAUUUCUCUGGUAUCGUCCUCAUUAACGUUACAGUGACAUUGAACAUUACAGAAGGCUGGAGUGUCGAGUUCUUUGUGACUUUGCUACUGAAAAGAAAUGCUGCAGACUGAUAAAAAAGCCUGAGGAAAAGCCUGAUAAGAGGGACUGAUCUGAUCUCUGGCCAUUGCUGACUCUUUGCUGAAACUGUCCUGGGGAAUCGUGCAAUGCUACUCUCUUAAUGUAAGGCCUUCUACUGUACUUACUCAGCUCACACGAAUGUUGUAGCUUUUUUUUUUUUGGAAAGAAUAAAAAAAUCCUCCUGGCUUUCACAAUAAGAACACGAA